AGUGGGGGUGUGCGCAGGGGAUGCAGGCAGCUAGGCUCCCCCACUGGCCAGGCAGUUGGUAUGUUCCAGGAUCUGAGCAGCUCCUUCUAGCAUCCUUCAUCCUUCAGGUACCAGCCAUCCAGGCAGUGCUUCAGCUGCAGAAACUGAGACCACUCCUCGACGGACCUCUGGCCUGACCCUCCCCAGUGGCCUCCUUGCCUAUAGUCACUGCUUCUGCAUCAGACACUUUCAGCUGCAACUCCCUGCAGGGUGGGGCACCCAUCUCAGGCAGAAGGUUUUGGUACCCUCCACUGACCCUACACCCAGGUCUGCUACUGCUGUGCUUGUGGCUUUAGGAUGAAAGGUGAGACUCCGGUGAACAGCACUAUGAGUAUUGGGCAAGCACGCAAGAUGGUGGAACAGCUUAAGAUUGAAGCCAGCUUGUGCCGGAUAAAGGUGUCCAAGGCAGCCGCAGACCUGAUGACUUACUGUGAUGCCCACGCCUGUGAGGAUCCCCUCAUCACCCCUGUGCCCACUUCGGAGAACCCCUUCCGGGAGAAGAAGUUCUUCUGUGCUCUCCUCUGAGCUCCCCUGUCCCUUCUCACAACUCCUCCCUUUUCCUUCUCCUGGGCCCUUCCUUAGGUCAGUAAUUGACGUGAGCCCCUGAGGCUCCCUGCAUCCCAUCCCUAACCCUUGCCUGACCAUGUGAGGUUAUCUGAAGCACAAGGCCCACCCUCAUCUGUCGACCCCAUUUCCUUCCACCUUUGUGGCCGACCCCAAGCACCCCAGACAUAUGAGGCACCCUUUGCUCCACCCACAGCAGGGCCCCGUCAGACUCUGCCAGCGUCCUGCCCACUUCCUUUGGUGACCCGCUCAGACAAUGGAGAGAGGGAUGGGCCAGGUUCUUGCUCUCAGUCUCACCUGGAGCUACUGGAGAGUAAAGUCAUUUGAAGAAUAAAGUCAUCCAGAGCCUCAGGACA